AUCUACAGCUAGAAAGGGAGACAGGAAAGUGAAAGCAUUAAUCAUGAGCCGAACCGUUCUACUGUUGCUGCUUGGAUGUUGGCUGUGUGCUUCAUUUUGCACAGCCUUCCGUUUCGAGAGAUCAGAGCGCUGUAUCUGUCAGAAGUUCUCCAGAAUCCCGUACAGAAAAAUCUUUGAAUGGAAACUGUAUCCUCCAAGUGCAUCCUGCAGGGCUUAUGAGAUUGUGGUGACAACAGUGGCUGGUCGGAAAAUGUGCCUCAAUCCAAACUCAAAGGCAUGGAAGUUCAUAAUGAGUGGAGAGCGGGGACCAAUAUAAAGCCUAAAACAAGACUCAGGCUGUGAAUAUCCAAACCUAAACUUCACGAAUUGAUCAGAAACGCUCAUGAAUUUGAGAAUGUAUAAGAACUUUUCAUCUAUGGUGUCUUUGUGAUAUUGUAAUGUGUGGGUUUAUGUGUGGUCAGGUAUAUUGAUCUUGUGCAUGGUAGUUUCAUUUUGAAACUGAAAGACAUGGAAAACACCCAAUGCCCCAAACAGGCAAGAUAUCACUAUCUGCAGAUCUCAUCAUACAUCUGUUGUGCUUAUACUAACACUUAAGAAUCAUGUACACUGUACGACGUUUUAACUUUUUAUCUGUGUCUAAAUGAAACCUUUGUCAGGAUGGCAAAGACACCAAUAGAUAAUUGUUUUUGUUGUAUGUUAA